GUUACUUUAUGCCCCGGUCACCUCAUCCUUUUCACUGCAUGCCUUUUGCAUAUAUACGUACAUCUAUCAUGUUCACCAUCACCGCCCUGAGAAAUGGAUUACAGCACCCAUCUACCGAUUUACAGGGAAGACGCCGGUGCCGACGCUGACAGCGACCGUCAUCUGAAACACCGCCGCUCCGCCCGUCACUACGCGCGGCGGGUGAAAGACAGCCUAACCACGAGGGUGUCGAAGCUCAUCUGCGCCGUCGUCUUGGGGCUUCUCGCCAUUAUCGGCCUCAUAACGUUCAUUCUAUGGCUAAGCCUCCGCCCCCACCGGCCAAGAAUCCGCGUCGAGGAUUUCUCGCUCCCGGCGCUGGGUCAGGGCUCCGGCAUCGAAAACGCCCAGAUUAACUUCAACGUGACCGUGAGGAAUUCCAACCAAGCCAUCGGGGUUUACUACGACGACGCCAUGCGGAUCACGCUGUGGUAUCAGGACCAAAGCAUCGGAAGCAUUUCGCUGCUGAAUCCGUUCUACCAGCCGCCGAAGAACACGACGGUCGUCGCCGGUUCCCUGAGCGGAGCUGCGCUGAGCGUGACGAAUCAACACUGGGAGCAGUUCGUCAACGAUGUAUCGCGGGGUUUGGUGCUUUUCCGGCUGGAAUUAAAGACGACGAUUCGGUUCAAGGUGUCGUCGUGGAACACGAAGCGUCACGGGUUGCAUAGUAAUUGCCCUGUCGGAAUCGGACAAAAUGGCACGAUUGCACCAAAUUACAAAGACAAGAUUUGCUCGGUUUAUUUCAGUUAGAUUACUAACUUUUUCUUAAUCCAAAAUUCCCACAUCCCAACCGUCCAACAAAAUAGUAAAUGAUAAAUCAGGAUGACUUGCUACUUCUAUUGUAUUUGUAUAGAUUAAGGCCGGAUUGUAUAUCUUGGUGUUUUAAGUUUCUGGAUCUAACACGAUUCACUAAUAGAGUUAUUAUAUGUGACAAAUUGGAUAGUUUGAGU